AGGCGUGCACUUUGUCCCUUUGCAGUGCCCGUACGCAGUCAAGUCCAAAAAGCAUUUUUUGAAAGAUUCGCGGGCGCGUAGACCUCUGACAUCAACAAAGACAGACUGGUAAAGCUAAGAAUGGACCCAGUCAAAGCUACCUCUAGCCCCUUUGACGCCGAUUCCUUCAAGACUCCGCACAAACCAGACAGGGUGCGGAAUCUGACCCAAAAAGGUAGCGUUGGGACCCCGUGCACUCCAAUCACCAUCCCCGCCUCACCCUUCAUGAAAAAACUUGGGUGUGGCACCGGCGUGAAUGUCUACCUUUUUGACAGGGUGGGGAAGCUGAAUCUGUCCCCCUGGGCAGUUAAGAAGAUCAACAACAGGUGUGCUGCCAGGCAGAUUGACGUGUACCAGAGUAGACUGUGUGAUGAGGCCAAGAUCCUAAAGGACCUGAAGCACCCAAACAUCGUUGGGUUCCGAGCCUUCACUACAGCGAAGGAUGGCUCCAAGUGCCUGGCCAUGGAGUACGGGGGAGAGCAGUCCCUCAACGACCUGAUAGAGAAGAGGAAAGAAGAGGGUCUCAAAGCCUUCCCCGUACACAACAUCGAGAAGGUGGCCCUGCACGUUGCACGAGGACUGCAGUACCUCCACAACGAGAAAAGGCUCCUGCAUGGAGAUAUCAAGUCCUGCAACGUGGUUGUCAAGGGCGACUUCAACACCGUCAAGAUCUGCGAUGUGGGCGUGUCCCUCCAGCUGGAUGAGAACAUGAAAGUGGCCGACCCCAAGGCGGAGUACGUGGGCACGGAGCCCUGGAAGCCCAUGGAGGCGUUGGAGGAGGAAGGGGAGAUCACGGACAAGGCAGACAUCUUCGCCUACGGCCUGACCCUGUGGGAGAUGAUGACCCUGGAUAUGCCUCACGUGGACAUACUGGGAAAAGACGAGGGCAAAGAUGAUGAUGACUCUAUGGAUGAAGAGGACUUUGACGAGGAUGCCUACUACGAGAAACUGGGCACCAGGCCUGCUCUGGACUCAGCCGGCCUGGGUGGAGCUUACCAGAGGAUGGUGGAGCUCUUCUGCCUCUGCACAGAGGUGGACGCCAAGAAACGCCCAUCCGCCGCCCAGAUUGUCCAAGCACUUGAAUCAAAUACAUCAGUCUGUAACAAGAACAGUGAGGUCAUAGUGAUAGACUAAGCUGUUGGUCGUGAGGGGAAGUGUUAUAGAACUAGAUCCCAGCUUGCCCUAAUUACGUAAUUGUGAAGCCAUACUGUAGUCCCUGUAUUAUGUUGUUUUUUGUCAAAGUCAUUUGAUUGUUGUAUUAAAUGUCUCAUAUUCUUGUUUUGUAUUAAUGGGACAGUUCACCCCAAAAUCUAAA